UUUUAAUCAAGUUAAAGGCUUAAACCCUUGAAAAACCAGAGAGACCUGUGUUGUGGUUCAAUCUAGCAUAGAUCGAUCGAUCAUUCAUCUGUGAAUAAAAAGGUGUAACUGUGACUGUAAUGUUUCUGAAUCGAAGCUGAAAAUGAUGACGCCGUUCAAACGCUUACACUUAGUUCGGACACUCUAUCGUUCAUCUCAGAUUGGAGAAUCUUCGUCGUAUCUGCUCGGCAGCUGCAAGAGUUAUUCCUCUGCUCUAUCAAACGGUUCUGAGGGUAAUUUCAGGAGCUUCCAUUCCCAUUUGUUAAAGGGCCAAGAUGGUUUUCCCUUUGCUGGUGUAAAAUCUUUGACGCUUCGAUCUACAAUGGCUGCUGAGUUGUCCAUUUUCAUGAACAAUAGGAGGAUGUUAAGUACUCAAGUCAAAGCCUCAGCACAAGCGCGACAAGUGGGACAACAAAUAUCCCUAUCAAGUCCUGGAUUUAUCUAUGAACCUUAUGAACCUCGUGAUAAAAUCCCAUUUUGGAAGAGAUGGUUCACUAGAAGUGGUUUGAGAAGAACAAAAAAUGACAUCAUUCUUGAGCUCAAAAGUGCCUAUGCUAUUGCAAAGUUAAGAAAAACGGGAUAUUCAAAAAAUCAGUUCUACAAUGAGGCUGCCAAUAUGUACAAGGAGAUAAACACUCUAAUAGCUAAAGGUGACAAAAGAACAUUAAGGAAAGCAGUUACUGAGAAUAUGUUUUCUGCACUUAAGAAUGAAAUUAAACAAAGAGAAACUGCAUGGAGCAGGGUAUAUUGGGAAAUGGUUGAGCCUGUUGUUAAGAUUCGGACUUUGCGUGCACGUCUGAUUGGAGUUGAUCGGAAAGACCUAAAUAAAACAUUUAUUCAACUUACACUAGAGAUUUUGGCUAAACAGAAAUUUGAAGCAUAUGACUCAAAAGGUUCUGUGGUAGCUGGAGAUAAAAGCAAGGAGUUUCCUAUGAUUUCCAGGUUCUUGUCCGUGAUAUAUGGGUAUUUGAGAAGUCUAUGUUUCAUGCUGGUGCAACCUGGCGUCUGUGUGGACGGAUAUCACCAAAAGCAUCACAGUUAUCUCCUUGAAAAAAGAGACCAAAGUUUAUGGUUGUUUUUUUUUAUUAGCCAAAGUUUAUGAUUGUUAGAUGUUCCGAUGUUGUUGAGCUGAAAUCUUACAUUUGUUUGUCACUGGAGCCUUGUCCUCUGAAUAAAAUCAAAUAUAGGUGUAAACCUAUGCAAAUUUUGUUGUUCGAAUGAAACUCAUUUGGAGAGGGUUUUUUUUUUC